UUUCAGUAUAAACUGGCUGCUUUUGAGAGAAACACGGGUUUCUAUUUGGCCUCAAUUGAGCAGCUUUCCAUGUGUUUUUAAGGGGCUAAAAUUUCACCUUUGCCUGCAGAAAGAUGUGGAUCCAAGAUGAGGAGAGCACAGUUGCAGACUCGGAUGAAGAAAGUUGUUUAUCUUCUGAAGAUUGGGCAGAUAUUCAGUGCGAGAUCCUGGAAAAGCAGAGAGAUGAAGCCAAUCAGAGGCUGACGGAGCUGGAGGAAGUGUCCAGUAACCUCCUGAAGGAGAUAGAUAUGCUGGAGAUCCAAUUCCAGGUGGAACGCUCCUGUAGGGAGAGCGCUGAGGCUCUGGCUCUCAAAGUUAGCAAAGAGAACAAAGACCUGAAAAGGAAGAGCCAAAUGCUGAUGCCGCUGAUCUCCAACCUGCCAGAGAACCUGGUCGCAGCCACCUUUGACCCAGAGGCCGAAGCAGCGGUAGACGGCGACGUGGUUGAUUUUGGGGAAUGUAACAGUGAGGGCAACUUGCUGCUUGAAAGUCAAGCCAAGAUCACAGCGCUGCAGGCAUCAAUGGACGGCCUGUUGGCUGAGAAGCUACGGCUGGAGCUUCAGGUGGAGGAACUGACCAGAGAGCAGGUCCACCUCAGAGAACAGGUUGCUGUGGAAGCUGAGGAGAAGGAAGCCAUUCUGAGGAAAAUGACCAAGCAGACUAAGACCAUGAGUAAAAUUAAAAGAGUCUCCCAGCUUGUCACCGAGGAGUUCACAGAAAUGUCUCAGAAGCUGGAGAUAGAGCAGGGCCUCCGGCAACAUGCUGAAGUCUUCGCCCACAAGAUGUUGGUGGAGCAGAAGGCGGUCCAGGGACCGAGCACGAUGGAGAUGUGUGGCUCUGAGGCCGACAGGCAGCUUCAGCUGCAGGAGGCGCUGAACCAAAUACAGCACAUCAGCAAAGCCCUGUGCAGCAUUCAGCACUACUACCAGGACCAGGUAAAACAGAGCUCAGGUGCCGAGGCAGACGACAGUGAGUUGCAGUACCUGAAAGAGCAGCUGAAGAAGAGUGAGGAGGAGAAGAGGACUUUGGAGAGUCAGCUGUCUCAGGCCAAUGCAUCAGUCACAGAGCUGAAGGAGGAAGUGAAACAGUUACAGCAAACGAUGAGCACAGAGGAGAAAAACGAGGAGCCGAAGAAAGUGACCGCUCCUGCUCCACCUCCUCCCCCACCUCCUCCACCGCCGCCAUCCCUACCCAAUCCUGCUUUCAACUUACAGGAUUUCCUCAGGAGCAGGAAGCAAGGAGUCAUUGCAGUUGAUGACGGCAAGCCAGCACCACUGAUGGACAUCAAGGCAAAGGCAGUGGAUGAAAUGAUGGAGAGAAUAAAGAAAGGCAUUAUCCUGAGGCCCAUACAAAAAAUUCAGGACGAAGACAGCUCAUGGAGGGACCAGAGAAGUGAAAACAGGAAAUCAGCCGUGCUGGAAUUGAAGGGGAUGCUGGACAACAUUAAACGGCAGCACCUCCACAGGGUGCCCUCCAGGAGGGUGAUUGGCAGGAAUGAGGCUGAGCUGCAGAUGGUCCUCCAGAGAAGAAGAAGAGCGAUGGGAGAAAAUCAGGACAGAUUGCCCUCAGCUCAAACCAAUGAUCUCCAACCAGGGCUGCAGCUUGCCCCAGCAGCGGGUGACAGUCCCUGGGCCGGUGAGAUCGGCAGUGCACCUGUGCUCCGGAGGCUGAAACAGAACCGGGAGAAGAGAGAUUCCCACAUCAGAGCAUCAGCGCUGAUCAUCAGCCACGGAGCCUUACAGCAGCCUCUCGACCAAAUACAGAAAAUAUCAUCCUAAUGCCUUGUCUACAGAUGCACCCAGGAAAUAUUGCCUAAUUUUGGUUAAUGUUAAAAUAAAAAUAGAUUA